UUUAUUUAUGUAUUUCUAGAUCUAGAAUAUAGAAAUUAUUCUAUUUUUAUUAUUCAGUGUACUAGCUAUGGAAGUUAAAGUUGAAAUUAAGCAAGAGCUUGAUGAAUAUAACCAAAAAUAUAUCGACACUCGGUUGUCCACAUCAAUAGGUAUGGAGGAAUAUUUGAAAAAUGAACCAGGAGAAGAACUUCUAGGUGGAGAAGAACAAAAGGAGGAGAGGGAAAAGGAGGAGAAUGAGAAGGAGAACAAAAAGACAAUUAUAAAAACAUUAGCAGAACAUUCAUCUCUUGUGGAAAAAUGUAUGAUUCAACACCAUGAAGAUAAUCCAUUAAAUGAUAAUAUGAAAGUUCAAACUGGCCAAGGACUUUACCAAUCCAAUUUACACGAAUCUUCUUUGAAAGUACAUUUGAGAACACACACUGGAGUAAAGCCUUACUACAAAUGUGAGAUUUGUUUUAAGCAGUUUUCUUUUAAAUGUAGUUUGAAAAGACAUUUAAUGACACACACUGGAGAAACACCUUACAAGUGUGAAAUAUGUUUUAAGCAGUUCAGACAUAAAGUUUCUUUGGAUGCGCAUACGAAAGUUCACACUGGAGAAGCGCCGUACAAGUGUGAAAUUUGUUUUAAACAAUUUAGUCAAGCCGGUAAUUUGAAAACACAUUUGAUGACUCACACUGAAGAAAAGCCUUACAAGUGUGAAAUUUGUUUUAAGCAGUUUACUCAAGCCGGUAGUUUGAAAAAACAUUUGAUGACACACACUGGAGUAAAGCCUUACAAGUGUGAUAUAUGUUUUAAGCAGUUUAGUCAAACAAGUAAUCUGAAAACACAUUUGAUGACUCACACUGAAGAAAAGCCUUACAAGUGUGAAAUUUGUUUUAAGCAGUUUACUCAAGCCGGUAGUUUGAAAACACAUUUGAUGACACACACUGGAGUAAAGCCUUACAAGUGUGAUAUUUGUUUGAAGCAGUUUUCUUAUAAACAUACUUUAUAUAUCCAUUUGCGUAUUCACACUAGCACUAGAGAAACACCUCACAAGUGUGAGAUUUGUUUUAAACAGUUUCCUUUUAAAUGUAGUUUGAAGAGACAUUUAAUGAUACACACUGGAGAAACACCUUACAAGUGUGAAAUAUGUUUUAAGCAGUUCAGACAUAAAGUUUCUUUGGACGCGCAUACGAAAGUUCACACUGGAGAAGCGCUGUACAAGUGUGAAAUUUGUUUUAAACAGUUUAAACACAAAGGUAAUUUGAAGGCACAUUUGAGGCUGCACUCUGGAGAAACGCCUUACAAGUGUAAAAUAUGUUCUAAGCAGUUUAGAGAUGCUACUAAAGUAAAGAUACAUUUGCGUACUCAUACGGGGGAAAAGCCUUAUAAGUGUGAAAUUUGUUUCAAGCAAUUUAAUAUAGCAAAUAAUUUGAAAAAACAUUUGACAGUGCAUACUGGAGAAAAACCUCACAAGUGUGAAAUAUGUUUUAAGCAGUUUCGUGAAGCAAGUAAGUUAAAAAAACAUAUGCGGGUUCACACCGGAGAAAAACCGUACAAGUGUGAAAUAUGUUUUAAGCAGUUUACUCACCAACAUACUUUGAAAACACAUCUGAGAAUACACACAGGGGAAAAACGUUACAAGUGUGAAAUUUGUUUUAAGCAGUUUUCUCAACUAUUUAAUAUGAAAUCACAUCUUUUGACGCACACUGGAGAAGCACCUAACAAGUGUGAGAUCUGCUUUAAACAGUUUACUCAACAAAAUUCUUUGAAAACCCAUUUGCGUAGACAUAUGGGAGAAAAGCCUUAUAAGUGUGAUAUUUGUCUUAAGCAGUUUACUCUAGCACACGGUUUGAAAACACAUUUGAGAGUCCACACUGGAGAAAAACCGUACAAGUGUGAAAUAUGUUUUAAGCAGUUUACUCAUCAACAUAAUCUGAAAAUACAUCUUAGAUUACACACCGGAGAAAAACCUUACAGGUGUUAUAUUUGUUUUAAGCGAUGUAAUCAAGCAAUUGCUUUAAAAAAACAUUUGAGAGUGCACACUGGAGAAAAACCGUACAAGUGUGAGAUUUGUUUUAAGCAGUUUAGAGAUACAACUAAGGUAAAGAUACAUUUGCGAACUCACACAGGAGAAAAACCCUACAAGUGUGAAAUAUGUUUUAAGCAGUUUACUCAUCAACAUAAUUUGAAAACACAUCUAAGAUCACACACCGGAGAAAAACCUUACAAGUGUAAAAUUUGUUUUAAACAGUUUUCUCAACUAACUAAUAUGAAAACACAUCUUUUGGCGCACACUGGAGAAACACCUAACCAGUAGCGGCUCGUCAGAGGAGGCAAAUAAAUCUUUUACACACGCUACACUGUUCUGUUUAUCUUGAAUCGCGAAAAACAACAAGCACUCUUCAGUGGUGGCUUUUGGGGGUAGGCAGGAUAGGCCGGGCCUACCCAAUAAUUUUAAGAGCUUUAAAAUUGAAAAAGAUAUAUUCCAAAAUUAUUUUAAAGCAUGUAAAUAACUUUUAAAUGUACUAAAUCACUCAAUACAUCAGCGUCCGUUAAGACAAUUUUGUUAUUAUAUUAUCACAGAAAGCAUCGAAUCGUAUUCAGGCAUUUUAAAUCAUUAAUAGGCCCGUUCCUAUUAAUAACAUAAUAAUAAGAUCUCCGUACAAAAAGCGUUUGAAGUUAAGCAGCUUGCCGGACAAUGAUUUUAUUUGUCGUGUUAUGCUUGGUGUAUAGGCCCGAAUCGAACUGGUCUUCGCCCAGCAUCGUUGCCACUUUAAACAUAAUUAUCGAAUUCUAAUAUAAAUUUUCUUUUAAAUUUUGAUAAAAAAAUAUAUGCAACAUAAUCUAUAAUUGUAACAUAGUUUUAGACAAACAACACAAUUGUAAACAAGUGCACGUUUGCGCAAAUGAGUUCAAAAAAAUUCGUAAAAUUCGAAAAAAAAUUGUUCGAUUUUCACUAUUAUUACUAGUGGUUGGCCGAUCUCGGUUGAUUGUUUAAAUUUUUUCUUGGAAUAGUGCGAUAGUUUUAUAAUUGAUACAUAAAAAUGAGUUUUUCUGAGGCUUUACUAAAUCUGUUAAAGUUACCUUCUAAGUAUUUUUAUACAUAAAAAUAAAUUUAUAUUGGCAUAUUAUGUAUUACACAUACUUAUAUGUAAUUUGCUGGCUUGGCCUACCCAAAAUUUUACCCCACCAGCCGCCACUGACACUCUUACUAUUAUACAAAGUGUUAAUUCCACACUGUCACUAUUCGAGGUGUGCAAGUACUUGGAGGGGAUAAGAGACACGAUCGUACGCGAAUAGCGGAGAAAUAUUACAACUUUCUUAAAUAAUUCAUAUUGUCAAUUGAAAUUGUCAAAUUGACGUAUAUUUCAUACCUACUGUCAUUGAAGAAAAAUUACAUAUUGCUCCACAAUAUUGGUAUGAUAUGCAAUUAUUAUACAGUAAGAGCCACCGUACUAGACACAUGGGUAGGUACCUAAUUGCUAUGCUUAUUGGCUAAUCCGGUCCGUUCUCAGAUGCGACUUAUAUCCCUGUCAUGUUACUGUUAAGAAACUAUUAAAAAUAAUUUUUUUCCAUACAAAAAAUACAUUAAUUAUUAAUAGUAUUACUACUCUGCUUUAAAGUAACUUUAUUCAAACACCAAGAAUGUUACAAUACUUUAAAACUUUUACAACUUUAACAAAAUGACAACUAUAAACGUCAAAAUUACUUUAAAACUUUUAACAAUGUUACUUUAAAACUUUUACAACUUUAACAAAAUGACAACUAUAAACGUCAAAAUUAGAGCAGCUGUAUUUAACAUAGUUGAUCUAAUAUUUGUCAACUUUCUAUGUUAAUGUUCAGUUUGUAUACAUUUUCUGACGUUCUAAACGUCACUUGACAUAAAAAUAAACAUUGCAACAAGUGAAGGGUCCAGGACUGUAAUAGCUCAAUGUUACUAUGUAGCUAGCAGGUUGGCGCUUACUGUAUAAAGGUAAAUUUAAUUAAUUGUAUUUUGCUUGCAGUACUGCAUUUUAAUAACUAAUUUUAUGUACUACAUACAAUUGUUUACGUUUUAAUAACAUAACCUGAAUCUGACUUUUUCUUAUAAUUUUUUUGGACUAUGGCCUUGACAAUUAUCCAGUAAGCGGGACUAAUAUAAUUGGCCAAUAUAAUUAAAAGUGCGAAAAAUGUUUCGGAGCCUAUAAACCAGGUGUCGCUUUGCCGAACUUGCACGGUCCCAAUACAUAUAUCCAUACGCACGGAGCAUUAGCAUUAGAACGCGUGUUUGAGGCCUUAGUUGUUUCAUUAUUAUUGUAGGCAGCACCCUGGAUCAAGGUUCAUAGAUAGGGGGUAGGUUGUCUCGUAACUAAGUGGGCGGAAGCGAGGGGGACGGGACUGUCUACGUCACUCAUACGACAAAGUCAAAUUUAACAGUUGUUUGUGGUUAUGUUUCCGUAUAUUUUUGUGGAAUUUUCUUAUAAUAUCGUUUAUUUGUUUAAUACUUGUUGAAUUUUUAACUAUAUAAAGACAAUGUUACUAUACAUAUUUCCAACUCCAAAACUCCUGAACCAGAUGGUAACAAAAUGUUUUUACAUUUCCUAAAUACUCGAACAUAAUCAAACAAUGGGUAAUGAAAUGCUGCCAUAACGAUAAAUGGAUCUCUAAACAUAAGACAAUAUGUAGCAAACACUUCCUCGUGUCUGAUUAUGUUAAUAUGAUGUUAUGUGUUUUUUGUAUUUUUACCUAAUAAUAAAUUACGUAUAUUAUUAGUUUUUUUGUUGUUUCAUACCACUAGAAAUGAUAAAAAUUCUACACAUUCCACGAAAAACAUAAUAGGUAAGCACCUACCCAGCAAACAGACCGACGUGUUAAUUACGUGAAUUUCUGGUACAUUUGUCACCAAGAUACGUAAAUUGCUUACGUGAAUUUCACGUGAAAAUUUGGUUGGAAUGUCACAUUCUAAGUACGUCUUUAAAUUACGUGAAUAACUCGUCUUCAAUAGACGUGUUAUUCACCUUAAAUACCAAUAAAAUGUUUCGGGAAAUUCACGUUGCAAAUACGUGUUGAUUAACGUAUCUUUUUUAGGGAAUGUAUAUAUUAGUAUUCACGUGAAAGAUACGUCCUCGGUUCACGUAAAUAAUUCGACCUUAAUUAACUUAGGAAUCACGUAAUUAUUAUCCUCAUAUGACAUAAAUAAAACAAGCCUAUAAAGUAUUAACAAUGUAUUUAUUUAGUAGAAUUUAGAGACUUUAAAACAUUUGUCUUGUGUAAUUAUUAUACAAGAUAAUGAACCAAAAAUGCUACCGACCUAAAGACGCAUUAAAAAAUUUGCUAACACAAAACACAACACAGGUCACUUUUUAUUUUGACGACACUUUCUUGUUUUUUCACGACACUUCAACCCUCGAGCAGUGAGGUAAACGUUAAUACGAAAGGCAUUAUUAUAAAUAAACCCGCCUAAAAUAAAACGAGGGAAAUAAAGCUCUUCACGUUUCACUUUCACUUUUUGUUGUAAGAAAUGUGAAAUGUGAGAAGCUGAUAUUAGAGAAUUAGAGGUUAUGAUCAUCGAUUAUAAAAAUCGAUUAUUUUUAAAUUACAGUUAAACUAUUCUACUUACUUUAAAUUAGUAUUACGUAUUUUCUCUUUGUUUUUAAAUUUCUUCUGCUAUUACCUACCUAAUUGGUCUUACUAAAAAUCUAUUUCAAUACCAGAAUAAUAUAAAAAAAUAAUCCUAUCGAAACGUAUCUAUUAUUCGAUAAAUCGAUUAAUUUAGUUUUCGAACCAACUAUGUUAAUCACGUAUCGUGGUCACGUGAUAGUAUUUAAAGGAGGAGAAAGGCUUAGUAGUACGUCAUCACCGCACGCGAUUUAAAAAUUAGACUCGACAUUAUUUUAGCUGUGAUAUUUUUAAAGAAAAAAAAUAGCAAAAAUAGCUUCAAAUCAAGGUUGGAUUGAAAUAGAUAUGCUAAAUGAUUUUAAAAGCGAAAUCAUAAACUUUUUGUUUAAAUAUUGGUAUUAUUUACAUUACUUUUACGUGGAAUACAUCUAAUUUUUCGACGUCCAUAAAAUACAGGGAGUAAAAUUCAAGCGAUACGUAUUUAACCAACACCGUUGUAAAAUUUUGUUUUCAAAAAUAUUUCUCAAAAUUUAACCAAAGGAAGUUAUUUCUGUUUCGUGAUUAUUACGUGAAAUAAACGUACCUUUGCGAUGUAACCGACAUUCACACCUAUGAUAAAAAACAUGUACAAUAUUCGUCAUUAUGAUUUUAUAUUAUUCUAAUGUCAAACAUGUAUAAAGGAAGCUCUAAUAUAUUGGUGAAUGAUUUGGCACUGAAAUACGUUUUUUUCCCGUCAUAAAUCACCGAGUUACGUAUUCGUUGAAAUUUGCCGUAAAUUUAACGUAAUUAUCACGUAAUUGGGCUCAAGUCUGUUUGCUGGGUACAUAUUAGUAUUUUUGCUUUUAAACUUUUUCGUGUACUUUUUUUGUGUUUUUGUGCGAAUUAAAGUGUUUUCUCCAUUUAAAACACACAUAAUAAGUGUCAAAAUUAAUUGUAGUUUUUUGUCAGUAGACUAUUAAUUUUUAAGGGAAAAUUUAUAUAAUUACCAAUAUAAGAACCACUUAAUAUAUCUACCUAUACCCAUGAUACUAUAAAUAACUUUAUUUAUAGUAUCAUGCCUAUACCCCAAGAAAAUCCCAGAAUAUAUUGCAAAACCUAAGUUUUUGAACCUUUUAUUAGCAUUGAAACUUAUGACAAUUUUAAAAAUGUCGUACGGAUGACGUAUUCCCGCCUUCAAAAAGCGAGCAUUUGAUUGGUCUAUAGUUACGAGACAACCUACCUAAAAUAGUUUUUGAAUCCUUUCAGAAACUACGCACAUAGUUUAACGUUAAUUGACAUUUGGCAAACGUAACCUAUAAAACGGCAGUUGUGUGCUAUGACCUAUUUUAUUGAAAUAUUUGCCAUAAUGGAAGAAAAUAUUGAAAAUAUAUUAAGAGGUUCACCAAAGACAAUUUACUAAUUUAAAUAAGAACCCAAAAAAUCCAUACCAAGUUUAACAAGACAAUUCAGUCAAGUGUCAGAUUUCUCAAAUUCUAACAGGUUUUUUUUUGUUUUAUGGUAUAGACUUGGUUAUGUUGGUAUCUAGCAGGGUUGCCAAGCAGGUUAUGUUAUGUAGUGAUAGUUUUAAACUUAGACAAGGAAAGAGAGAGGACGGGUAACACUCAUUUAAUACACACGUUCCAAAAGUGAAGCCAGUUUUUGGUUUGUUUGCCACCAAAAACAUGGCGGUCACGUCAAAUAUAACAAUGGGUUGCCAGUGGUGGGUGUUCGUUGAAGGUUAAAAUUUCAUAAAAAAUAAAGUAAUUCCUUAUCUAAAAUUCGUAAUAAAAACAUAUGUAUGUAUUGAAACAUAUGUACGUAAUAUGAGCAACUUAAUAAAACAUUUACCGUACACAAAUUCUUCAUUUUAAAUACAUUUCAUGUUUUCAUUUUAAAUACUCAAUGCAUAACAAUACCCCAAAGAUACGUCGAUGAUCAAAAUCUCUGGUGGCGGUUUGGCUUCACUUUUGGUCAUAGGAUUACUCGUCCUCUCUCUUUCCUUGUCUAAGGUUUUAAAGAAAAACAAAUUUUGAUUACAAUUUUAUACAUCGUUACUAUUCUACCAGGGUUGCCAAGCAGAUUAUAUUUAAUUAUUUAAUAUGUUUAUUACCUGAUAGUUUUUAAGAAAAACAAAUUUUGAUUACAAUAAUAAUUGUAUACAUCGUUACUAUAGGUUUGUUCCAACACGACCGAGAACCGUCACGAAACGGUAACGCUCCUGCGCAGUAAAGAAAAUCCGUUCCAACAAAAAUAUGAUCGUCAUCGGAUCGUCCUUCCCACUGUUCCAACAAGAAUUGUGAUCUUUCGGUGACGGUUUCGUGAUGAUCAUUUCAGUAAUCGGGCAAAUGCAUAAUGUGCUGGUUGGACUGACUUGAGCACUAGGAUUUAAUUCUUUAAAUUUUUUGAGCCUUUGAUCGACUAAAAGCACAUAAGCUGUCACCAACAAAAAUGACAAAUAUAUGAUUACCGUCAUGGGACGAUAACUGGGCGAUACAAUUACGAACAUGCGCACAACAAACGGUACAAGUAGUUUCGUGACGGUUUCUGGGCCGUCCAAAAGUUCAUGUUGGAACAAACCUUAUAUUUUUUAUUCUAGUUGUCCUUGGUUCAGCUCAUAUGACUUUUUUUUCGUUUUUUAUGAUUUAGAUUUUAGAUAUAUGGCAUUUGGCAAUCUUACAAAUACGUAAUCCCUUAAUAACGUAAUCUUGUUUCUACCUAAAUAAGUGGAUACCUUAUCCGCUAAUAGAGAGAUUUUAGACCCUCUACUUUUUGACGUACGUUAAACGUAAAACGUUAUACUUGUCAUACGCAUUGAGAAAUAAAUAAGGGAUAACGUGUUUACUUAAAAUAGUUCUUGAAACCUUUCAGAAACUUCUCAAACAAAUUAACGUUAAUUGACAUUUGGCAAACGUAACCUAUUCGCUCCGAGCGUUAACAAAGUGUCAAAGCAAAAUCGACCGACCUGCUCAUGGUGGCGGUUUUUUGAAAUUUUAUAAGGACGCUUUGUGUAUGUUUAAAUGAGACAUUUAAAAAAAUGACAUUUAAGAAAAUAAAAACGCACUAUAAAUUCUUCACUUUCCAAUAUUGAUUAUCAGUUUGAUUUUGUAUGCAUAACCUCACUAUCGCAGUUUAUGUCAAUAAAUAUUUAUUAACGAAAAAGAAAAUAUUUUGUUGCACUAUAAAUUACAGUAUAAAUUAAUAACUAAUGAAUUCUAACAAUUGUAUUCGGUUAUUAUCACUACGAAAUAAAAUAUUCAAGUUUAACAAAAUAAUCCCAUAAGACUCAAUGUUAAAACGUCCUUACAAAAUCUGACAGCGUAUCACGUGACUGUACGUAGAGGGGAGACGCACGGAGCCAAUAAAACGGCAGUUGUGAACUAUAACUUAUUUUAUUGAAUUAUUUGCCAUAAUGGAAGAAAAUGUAUUAAGACGUUCACCAAAAACAAUUUACCACUUUAGAAACACAAAACAUCCAUCCUUUUAAAAGUUUAACAAGACAAUUCAGUCAAGUGUCAGAUUUCUCAAGAAAUGGUGUAAUGGGAACUUGCACAUAAAAAUAUUUUUGCAUAAAAUAUUUAAUUUAUGUUUAAAAAUGUUAUAUUCAAAAUAUUACAUCUUAACAAUGAAUAGUGUAGGUACAACAACUCAAAGUUCCGCGCCUAAAAUUUCCGUUUCAAACAACUUCAAAAGCGCGAGCUGGUGUCUGACGUCACCAACCAGCGUUCUCGUUCGCCCGUUCGGUGAGCUAUUGCACUGAAUGCAUUUUGCCAUUGCUAGUAGUUGUGCGUGUCGAAUAACUGUGUUUUUUGCUCGGUGUUUAUAUUAUUGUAUUUAG